GGUAGAAUGAAGAUAGUUUUUUCAGUUAUUUCGAAUGAUAUUUUCAAAUGACAAGAUUUAAGAACUGCGACUAAGUUUUUAGGCUAGCUGAAUAUUCCGUCAUGACUGGAAAAGUAGAUUCAAUUUUCGCCACUUUCAUACGGAGAUCCACUUUCAUACCGUGCAGAGAAUUUGGACUAUCGACCGAUUUUCUGGAGCUGAAUCGAAGAGUCGAACCGACGCCACAAGUGCCGGAUGAACUGGAUUGUGAAUUGCAAGUCGACGAUAAAACGAUUGAUCUCGUUUUCAAAGAUGAUAAAGUAUCUUAUAAAAGUUUCAAACAGCUGGACGAAUCGAUAGAAGCUGACUCGACUCUGGAAGAUAUUAAAAAUGAAACCAAAAAUUUAGAUGUGACUUUGUGUGACGGCGAGAAAUCAACUGUUUAUGACAAAGUGGUAGAUACGAAGCAGGAGACGAAUAGUUUCACGGCAAAUGAAGACGGGGACGAUGUAAUUGACUCUAACGCAUACAUGGAGGACCAAUUGUGCACAGGUGGUGAUUUUGGAACGGACAGUGACUUUGAGCUAAGUGCGAGUAGUUCAAGUGGCAGAGGAGGGGGUGGGGGAGGUCGGGCUAAAAAGACGAAGCUGAGGCAGAAAGUGUUGACUCAGCAGACCAAAUGCACUUCUGAGAGAAAAAUGAGUGGGAAAGACGGAAGAGAUGAUCACGUGUAUUUGGAAAGAGUGAGGGUGUUGCGAGAAGUGUUGCCGACUCAGUUUAGAACCUGCUUUCUCUGUUCAAUUGGCUCUGAGUUCUUAGCUCUGGUGAAAUGCACAGUAUGUAACAAUGUCUUCCAUCCUGUCUGCUUGAAAGAAGCAGAUAUCUCAGAAACACCCGAUUGCUGCAAAGACUAUCCGAAAAGUGUAGUAGCUCAGAGUAAAGAAGUGUGUGCUUUGAAACCAUAUUUGAAGAGGGGCAGAGAUACUUUCAAAACUAAUUUCGUACCAACAGCGAAAAGGUAUUUGACAAAGAAACAACUUCAAAAUAUUCUCGACGAAGACCCAAACAUAUGCUAUGUUGAGGUUCCUGCUAAUAUCAAGAGGCAGUAUAAUCAGCCUAGUUCAACAGGCUGUCAAUUGUACUGCAAGGACAAGGCUCAUCUGAAAACUGAAGCAUUGGAAUUAAAAAGGAAGAUGUGCGAUGAUCAAAGCAACACAGAAAGCUUGAAUUGGAACGCAAGAAACUCUGUUAAUAUUUCGCAGAACACAGUUAUGGCCGCCCUGCUUUUGGUUGACUGCAACUUCAACGAAAUUUCGCAGAGAAUUGACAUAUGUGCAGAUCACAACGUUUUCACUAUUGGAACGAACCAAUGCAAUUGCGAUUUGAAACUACCAGAGUUGAAAAAGUGUCAGUUUGUGUCAUCAAUCCACUGUCGAGUUUACUUUGUGCAAGAAGAAGGUCAGUUUGAGCUGCUUAAUUACAGUUGUCAUGGAACAAUGGUGGAUAAUAUAGUUUACAGCUACCAAAGCGCGGCCGAGGAUUCUGAAAAGGAGAGAAGUACAUUGGGCGGUGGAUUCAAAUGCGACUGCGAUCAUUCGCUAUCAUCGCGGUCAGCAGCAGAAUUGAAAAACGACGCUAAUGCUCGUCAAUGGGAAGGCGCUGCUGUUUUGUACCAUGGCUCUACUAUCAGAAUCGGAUGUUUGGACUUCGUUUUUGCUGUUGCAUGAAUUUCUAUAGUGGGAAACUGAUGUUGUCUAGUUAGAACGGACUAAUGGCAGACGUCACAGGUUUGCUGCUAGUUACCGGGUCUGGAGUCAAAAAAACAUGGGAGAAGGUUGAAUCUCAGAAAUCAGAACGAAUGAGAAAACAGGCGAAAUUGAUAUAAAAAAAACUAAAACAAUCGUUUUGUUUUUCCUCAUUUUAUAAAUUCAACUUGUUGAACCGG